AUGGAUCACGAAAUGGAUGUCGAGAAUAUGGGGAACGAGGAAGAUAGAGUAGGCAUUCUAAUAUCAUCGAGAUCAUCAUCAACAACAACAGCAGGAUCUGGAUCUGGUAUACGAGAGCCUCUCCUUGUCAAGAAUAGCAGACUCAAUACCACUUCUCAACAUGCUAUUGUUGGAGCCAAUGUUUGUCCCAUCGAAAGUCUCGACUAUGAGAUCAUUGAGAAUGACAUAUUCAAACAAGACUGGAGGUCUAGAGCAAAAUCCGAGAUAGUACAGUAUGUCUACCUCAAAUGGACCUUUGCACUUCUUAUUGGAUUAGGCACGGGCCUUACUGCAUUUUUCAGUAACAUUGGAGUUGAGAAUAUUGCCGGUGUCAAGCUUAAUCUCACCAACGAUCUCAUGCUUAAUCAAAAGUUUCGUCAAGCUUUUGCAGUGUUUGCUGGUUGUAACAUGAUUUUAGCCAUCGCUGCAGCUGCCCUCUGUGCCUACAUUGCCCCUGCAGCAGCAGGAUCUGGCAUUCCUGAGGUCAAGGCAUAUCUCAACGGCGUUGAUGCUCCUUCUAUAUUGGCUACAAGAACCCUCUUUGUAAAGAUUUUUGGUUCAAUUCUGGGAGUUGCAGCUGGUUUUGUUGUGGGUAAGGAAGGACCUAUGGUGCAUACCGGUGCUUGCAUAGGUAAUUUACUUGGACAAGGUGGGUCUACAAAAUAUGGACUGACCUGGAAAGGGUUCAAACAAUUUAAAAACGACAGGGACCGAAGGGAUUUGAUCACAUGUGGUGCGGCUGCUGGUGUUGCUGGUGCCUUCCGUGCCCCGGUUGGUGGUGUCCUUUUUGCACUUGAAGAAGCAGCUUCUUGGUGGAGGAGUGCUCUUCUGUGGCGAACAUUUUUCACUACAGCUGUAGUAGCUGUAGUGCUGAAAUGUUUCACGGAAUAUUGCAAGGGUGGAAACUGUGGUCUUUUUGGAGAAGGAGGUUUGAUCAUGUUUGAGGUUAAUUAUGCAAAGCCGUCAUACAGUAUACCUGAUCUACUUGUAGUUAUAUUUCUUGGAGUUGUUGGAGGUCUUCUGGGAAGCCUUUACAAUUAUCUCGUCGAUAAGGUCCUUCGCACCUACAGCAUCAUUAAUGAGAGAGGGCCUAUAUUUAAAGUAAUACUCGUGAUGAUUAUAUCGUUUUUGACCUCUUGCUGUUCAUUUGGUGUCCCGUGGCUAUCGAAGUGCAUCCCUUGUCCUCCUCAAGCAGGGGAUCAGUGCCCAACCGUAGGGCGUUCCGGACACUACAAGAAUUUCCAGUGUCCUCCUAAUCACUACAAUGACCUGGCCUCUCUCUUUUUUACCACCAAUGAUGAUGCUAUCCGCAACCUCUUUAUUGCUGGCACUGACAAAAGAUUCCUGCUCUCCAGUCUCCUAAUAUUCUUUGUGGCUAUCUACUUCCUCGGAAUCAUCACAUAUGGAAUUGCAAUUCCCUCGGGGCUGUUUAUUCCAGUGAUUCUUGCAGGGGCGUCUUAUGGCCGUGUUGCAGGAAGUUUAUUAAGUCCAUUCACAGUUCUGGAUGUUGGUUUGUUUGCACUAUUGGGAGCUGCAUCCUUCCUUGGUGGCACAAUGAGAAUGACAGUUUCUCUCUGUGUCAUACUUCUUGAACUCACUAACAACCUCCUCAUGCUACCAUUGGUCAUGUUGGUACUCCUGAUCUCAAAGUCCGUGGCAGAUUGUUUUAACAAAGGUGUUUAUGAUCAGAUAGUGGAAAUGAAGGGGCUGCCUUAUUUAGAAGCGCACGCAGAACCUUACAUGAGGCAGUUAGCUGCGGGUGAUGUGGUUUCUAGUCCGCUAUUUACGUUCUCUGGGGUUGAAAAAGUGGGGAAUAUUCUGCACACUUUGAAGGUGACGCGACAUAACGGCUUUCCUGUGAUUGACGAGCCUCCGUUCUCAGAUGAACCAGAGUUGUGUGGAUUGGUAUUGAGGUAUCAUCUGCUGGUGGUUCUUAAACACAAGGUAUUUACCAAGAGCCAAAGGGGGUCGUCCUCCAUUUUGAAAAGGUUGAACUCACAUGAUUUUGGAAAGCCAGGUGCAGGGAAGGGGAUAAACCUGGAUGAGUUAGAUAUAUCAGAGGAGGAGACGGAAAUGUAUGUUGAUCUGCAUCAUAUUACCAACAGGUCAACCUAUACGGUGUUGGAAACAACAUCUCUAGCUAAAGCUUCUAUUCUCUUCCGUGAGCUUGGCCUCAGGCACUUGUUGGUCGUCCCAAAGAUACCUGGAAGACCUCCAAUUGUAGGGAUCCUGACAAGGCACGACUUGAUGGCAGAACAUGUAUCCGGACUGUACCCUCACAUCACCCCCACAAGGAAGCGGAGUUAUUAUCAAGAAACACAUAGUCAUUUAUAG